GAUCGACAUGCGAGACGGGCAGCCGCAGUGCCACAGCAAAGCUACUCGCAGUCGGACGCAAACAUGAAUCCCAUGGGGGGCAACAACAGCAUUACGGUCAUGUUCCUGGUGAUCCUCGGCCUCGUUAGCCUGGUUAGCCUGGCCAGCUCGCUGCCCAUGACUCCCGAACAGGAGCUGAAAGAUGAGCAGGAGCCGUUGGGUCAGCAGCAGCAGCAGCAGCAACAACAUCAUCGCAUGGUGAAGAGCGAAGCGGAGUCGGAGUUCGUCGGCAGAAUUGCGCCACGCAAUGAGCACAAUCCGGAGGAGGAACAGGAAUACAAUACCGUCACAUUGGUGGAGCAGCUGGAGGCCGCCGGCGUGCAGCUAGGCGAUCGACGGGAUCUGCGCAAGCUCACCUACACGGAGCUGGCCCGCGUACUGGCCCUAUGGCAUCUGUCCCAGAAUCGCAAUAUCUACAAUGCCAAAGGACCGGAGGAGCAGCCCAGUCAGGCCAUCGAUGCGCGUUAGUUUAGUUGCUUAA